AUGGCGAACAAUGACAAGCGAACUUGUGCUGAGAGCUUUGCAUGCGAGACCAUGACAAUUUACGAGACCUACCCUUUCGGCAAGCCGAGCGCGAAGAACUACAAAUGUAGACUAGGCUGGUCGGCACACACGAUCUACCGAGCGUUUGCCGAAGAGACGACGACAUCUCUCGAGCCGCCCGCUCCCACAGACAUCCCAUCUGUGACUCCGAGCCCGAAGCGGUCGACCACGCCAAACACAGAUCCGCAAACCUCGUCAGUGGCACCCGCGGAAACGCAGGAAGCAAAAUCGGACCAAGGAGAAACCUCGGGCAGCAAGGCCUGGAUCGCCGGCGCGGUCGCCGGCCCCAUCGUAGGGCUGGCUGUGCUGGCCUUUGUCUUUUGGCUGGGGAUGCGACACCAACGCCGGAAAAAGGUGCUUGCAGAUGAGGUGGCGGCGGUCGGGGACAAGCCACGAGAGGCGGAGUCGAGAGAGCUGCAUGGGUCCUUGUAUUCGCCGGCAUUGUCGGAACUACCCGGGCAUGGGUCUUCGAAUGGAGUGAUGAAGACGCCCGGUGCUUCGUCGUGA